GAGCCUGAGUUUAAGCGUUCUAGAUAAAAAUAAAAUCUUAUACAAUGGGGAAAGCAAAAAAGAAAAAGAAGACAGUCAAAAAGGCUGCCGAACUUACUGAUGACUCCACUCCAAGGUCCUUUAUCUUCCACAGAGGAGAAGUUGGAAAAACAAUUCUCCAACUAAUUACAGAUGUACGGCAUUUAUUGGAACCAUAUACUGCCACCAAUUUAAAAGUAAACAAAAAUAAUGUCUUAAGGGACUUUGUUAAUGUUGCUGGUCCAUACGGUAUAUCUCACUUCAUUAUAUUCUCCACCACUGAAAAGUCACCAUAUAUGAAAUUAAUUCGUUUACCAAGAGGACCAACAUUGACAUUUAGACUAGAUGAGUACUCCUUAAUGAAAGAUGUAACAGCCGUGCUUAAAAGACCAAAAACCAUUGGUGCACAGUUCAAAUUUCCUCCACUGGCUGUGUUAAACAAUUUCAAAUCUGAAUCAUCAGAAGUUAAAUUAAUGACAACAGUGUUCCAAAACAUGUUUCCAGCUAUAAAGGUCCAAAAGGUUAAACUUGGUGAAAUACGCAGAUGUGCCAUGUUUAAUUACGAUAGCGAAACAGGUGCAGUGGACUUUAGACACUACAAUAUUGAAGCUGUUCCAGUAGGUGUUAGUAGAAGUGUGAAGAAACUUUUGAAGAGUAAAAUUCCAAAUCUGGGAUCCUUAAACGAUAUAAGCGAUUUCGUGACAGGUGCUGCCUACCUGUCAGAAAGCGAAGGCGAAGAUCCUGCGGAUUCUCAAGUAACACUUCCACAAAGAGUUCCUGGACGUGGUAACAUAAAGGCUGGACAAAGUGCUAUUCGGCUAACAGAGAUGGGACCACGUUUAAAGUUGAUGUUGAUUAAAAUACAAGAGGGAGUAAAUGGUGGAGAGGUUUUGUACCACAAAUUUGUUGAGAAAACGGAAAAGCAGAAGAAAGAAUUAAAAAAGAAAAGAGAACAAGCCAGAAAACUGAAGGAACAACGUCGACGUGAACAAGAAGAAAACAUAGCUCGAAAAGGGAAAGAAAAAGAAGAAAAUAAAAAGCGAAGCAUAGCCGGUAUGAAAAGAAAAGCUGGUGACGAGAACGACAAUGAAGAAGACAAGAAAAUGGAAGAAGAUGACGCCAAUGAUAAAGAGGAUGACGUAAGUGAUGGUGAGGAUGACGACGUUGAGUAUUAUCGUCAAGAAGUCGGAGAGGAGCCAGACGAUGAUUUGGUGAAGAGCUUGCCAAAGAAGCGUAAAUUCUCACAAACGAACAGAAGACCUUUCAAAAAGAGAGACACAAAGUAUAAUAAAGAUAAAGACAGAGGGACGGAAAAGUCUUUUAAAGAGAAUAUUAAGUCGAGUAAAAAGAACGAAAAACUUCACAAAAAUAAAACAGCCGGUAAACUUUUUAAAAAGUCGAGCAAUAUUAAACUUAAACGAAAAACUGGAGCAAAGGGAAAAGGAAAAAGAAAAGUGUAAAUAUUUUAUUCUGGUGAAGCCAAAAACACCUUUUAUUAAAGAUUUGUAUUUCGUUAUAA